AUGUCUGAAAACGAUGUCCAAUCGCUCAACUCGGAUUUCUCCCGUCUCAACGUGUCAGACAGCGCAGAAUGCUUGCUAUUGGAGGAAAUGCGCGAGAUGCUGACGCAAGAAUGGAUCGCGUUCUUGGCUGACAAUAAGCGCGGGAAAAGCCUGUCCCGCAUUCGGGCUGGUGCCCCAGCCGCGGGCGAGUUAUCGCGGAUUGUUCGGGUUAUGCAACGGAAGAUGAGCGGCGAUAAGUACCUGAAAAUGCAGACAUGUAUACGGGAGUUUAGAGAUCUACCCGGGGUCAUCGCUAUGGAAGAUACACUGCUGAAGUUGUCCGUGCAUUUGGAGACUGCACCGCCCGAAACAGGUGAAGUGACGUAACAGCAGGGAUGGGUACAGGUUGAUCUGGUGGAGGAGGGGGAUGCUGCAUGAAUGUGGUGGGGAGGGGGAUGCUGCAUGAGUGUGGGGAGGAGAUUUCCUACCUAUUUCUACCUUUCCCUCCCUACAAAAUUCGCAUACCCCUUUUGAUAAAUUCCAUGUUAAGAUAAUUUAGAUAAGAUAAUUUGUUGAAUGAUAACAUGUUGAAUCCUAAGUUUGCUUCCCCAAUGUUGAGCUUCGUGUCAUGGUAAAUUACCAAAAGUUGUUUCGGCGUUGUUUACAACAUUGAACUGGGGAACAGGGGGUGACGAAGUUUGUUUUGUCAAUGUGCAUUAGCUUUGCAAGAUUAGCUUGAACGGUCUCAAGGGUUCUGUCCAAGAUUGUAGCUAUGGUAUUAAUGGACAACUUGCAUGUUAGACUAAAUUUUAAUCUAAGCACGUAAAGAGAAGGGAAUCAAACACCACAGCUAAAAGAACAUAAUGAAAUUAGUAAAAUUGUAAAUUUGGUUGCGAGAUGUUGUAAAGCUUGGAAACUAUAGCCUUGCAAAGUUUGCAAAUGUUGUAUUUUCGGGUCAAAAAUGGUAACAAUUUCCUACAAAAUAUGCAAACUUCGUACGGCUAUAUUUUCCGUAUUUUACAACAUUUCGUAACCAAAUUUUGCAAUUUUACUAAUUUUAAUAAGUUAGAGUAAAGAGUAGAGUAAAGUAAAGACUUUAAUUGCCUAGAUAAAAAAUUAGUCUAUUCUUUGAACGAAAUUUCGAGCUGCAAGCGGGCUAUCACCAGCAGUGCAACCAACUUGCAAUUUUCUUUCAUUGUAGGUGAAGUGAAGAACUACUCGAAACGCGUUUUGUGGCUCGAGGCAUUCUGCCACAUCACCGGAACAUUGGUAGGACAAAUGGAUGUCAUACUAAGCUUCCUUAAAGGACGCGAGACUCGAGAAGUGUUAAAGAAAACCAAAGAUUUGUUGGCAAGUACCAGCGCACAUUCUAUCCAAUCUCGAAGUUCUGUGAACAGUACUGCACAGCCGCAGGCCGAUGACAAUUUGAACUCGCUACCUGGUUACUGUAUCAUAUUGUAAGAAACUAAGAAUCAAGUACAUACGUAAGGACCUCCAAUGUAAAAUUUGAAAUAUCAAACAUAUGAAAAAUGAAGUGAGG